AUGGCGGCGAUGUCGCUCUUCGGGCUGCUGCUGGGCCUGCUGGCCGUGGCGGCCUCCGCGCAGAACCCCUCCAUGACCGGUAUGCCACAACCUUCGCCGCGCUCCACCGUUUUCCGGAGUGGAAUUGCAACACUCGUCUUCCAUCUCUGUGGCAGGGUUCAUCAGCAUCGACUGCGGCCUCGACGGCGAAUCUGGCUACACAGACAAGGUUACUCAGAUUCUGUACUUGCCGGAUGAGCCCUACACCAGCGCCGGAGUGAACCAGAGGGUCCACCUGGGCACCAAUCUGACGUCGAUCAUGUCCUACUACGCCAAUGUCCGGAGCUUUCCCGACGGGGUUCGCAACUGCUACACGCUUGGGCCGCUGGUGCGGGGCGCCAAGUAUCGGGUGAAGGCGGAGUUUUUGUACGGGAACUACGACGGCCUGGGUCGACCACCGACGUUCGACCUGUACCUCGGCGUCAACCUUUGGGAGACCGUGGAAACGGGCAACUACAGUCGGGCGGAGAUCAUCGCCGUCGCCGCCGCCGAGAUCAUGCAGGUCUGCCUGGUGAACACGGGAAAGGGGACGCCAUUCAUAUCGGAGCUGGACCUGCGGCUCCUUCCUGAUUCCAUGUACACCUUGGUCAACUCGUCGCAUUCUAUCGUCUUCAUCGGGAGCCGGAUUAACUACGGAGGGGAAACCCAGAUCAUGUCCUCUCUCUGUCUGUCUCUGUCUUUCUCUCUCUCUCUCGCUAGCCGUCUAUCUCUAACUUUCUGUCUCUCUGUCUAAAACACUUGGUACAGGUACCCAGACGACCCCUACGACCGCUUGUGGCAACCCGUGGAACUAGGAAAUAGGAUAAGAACUGUCGCCAGAGUGAACCCGCCGGUAGGCGAUGAGUUUCCGGUGCCGCAGGCCGUCCUGAAGACGGCGGCGACGGCGACGUCCCUCUCGGAGGGCUUGAGCAUCACCAUUGUCGGAAGACCCAAUGUGGCCAACUACCUGUUCAUAUACUCCGCGGAGCUCCAGCCGCUAGGGGACAACGAGACCAGGGAGUUCAGCAUCUACGCGGGCGACAAUCUGCUCCACGGGCCGUUCAGACCGAGCUUUCUGCAGGCGCAGGCUGUCUACCUGCCCCCGCCGAGCCAGCCGCAGGGACUGACGUACUACCUACGGGCCACGGCCAACUCCACCCUGCCCCCAAUAAUCAACGCCCUUGAGGCGUUCACCCUGCAGCAUCUUACCUUGAUGCCGACCGACGAGGGCGAAGGUGAGCACCUCUGGUUUCUUCCCUGUGGAAAUCCUUCAAUAAAUACAGCAAUCUUCAAGCUUCCAUGUUUCGAAGUUUCAUUCAUUAUGCUCGUCAUAAAUUCUGAUGCGUACUGAUUAUGAUUAGCGUGAGAAGAGUAGCCGAGGAGAUGAGAAACUCAGUGUAGUACUGAAAUGCAGAAUCAUGUCUGGUGUUUUGGGCAUCCGUCAUAUUCCUCAAAACAUUCUUCUUUUAAUCGAUCAUCCAUGAAAAUGUGUGUAAUGAGCGUUAAAUAUUCGUCACGCAUUAUCUUCAUCAAGACUGCAGCUAUAUCAGUCUCUGCGUUCUUACUUACACUUGUUCACCGGCCUGAAUGACAGUGGAGGCCAUCUCAAAUCUCCAGGAUUUGUAUCGAGUGGAAAGGAACUGGGUGGGCGAUCCAUGUGUUCCGAAAAACUUCACCUGGGAAGGCCUGGAAUGCAGCGUCAAUGCCUCUAAUCCUUCGAGAAUAACUUCUCUGUGAGUUCUGACUGUACGCCCAAAUCAAAAUCGUUCUAAGCCACCAGGCUUGAAAUAAUAUGGCACCAAAGAGUGAAAUUAUUUUUUCUUGCAGAAACCUGUCUCACAGCGGAUUGGGCGGCCGAGUUCCUCUUUCUAUAGCCAACCUCACAUACGUAGAAUCCUUGUAAGUUCGUUUAAAAUUCUUGAAUGUGCUUUCCCCGCCCUGCUUUGAUGAAUAUCCAAGAAAUUCCAUGGCUCUUUUUAGAAGACAAAUCUUUCAUCAUCAACUAUUUAUAGUUAUUUUUUCAUCCUAAAUAGGAGUUUUUGUUCCUCUGGUGUAACUGAGAAUAGAAGGUUGCUCUCAAAGCUAAUAAUUCCAAGAAGAAGGAAGAUAAUUUUACAUUUUACACUCGUCUAUUCCUUUCAGGGAUCUAUCAUAUAACAACUUUACGGGUGAAAUUCCUGCUUACAUAGAGAAUCUAUCAGCGCUCAAAAUCCUGUAAGCUUUGAAACUUUGAACUCUCCAGUUUUGUUCUGCAUCCAGGGAGUAUCUGAUGGUUAAAUAUUCACUGUUUGCAGGAACUUGGAGAGUAAUAAUUUGAGUGGGAAUAUUUCGAAAACUCUCUACAAAAGAUCACAGGAUGGAUCACUACUAUUAAGGUCAGUUUUGCCUCCAUAAUCAUUGGUUAAUAUCCAUCUGUAUAAGUAAUUUCAGACAAAAAGUUAUGCAAACAAAGGGAAAAGUAUAUAAAACAUGAAAAAUUAUCCAUAAAGCUUGAUUAUUUCCCUGAUGAGCUGCUCCAAUCUAAAAUUUUCUUAUCCACCAGAUCCCAGAAAUGACAGUUGAGAAAAAUCCUUGACACUACGUCUCAAGUAGACUAAUAGAAUCAAUUCAGACAUUCCUGGUACAGAAGCACUUGCCAAGAUUGUUCACCUCAAACAAUUAAUUUAGACAGGACCGUGCACCAUCCAAACUAUUUUAAUUUACCGAGAUAUAGUCCUUAAAACAUGUAGAACAUUAAUUACCGAGUUUUCUACGUAACCGAAAGAAAAUCGGUGCCUGGUCAGCAACAGAACAUGGAACAUGACUGCGUUGAAUGCAUCAGGCAGAAGAAAAAAUAAUAGUUCCUCACUGCACACUUGAUCGUAGGUCAAAUUUGUGUAAAAGGUUCCGUAAAGCCCGAAUAGACACUUAAUUUGGGUACGACUGAUAUCUUCAACCAUUCUGACACCUAUUAUGUUAAAUUCUUAGGAUCAACAACAAUCCGAUUCUAUGCAGCACAGUGGAUCUCUGUAAUGCAACGAAAAAGAAGAAACCGAUUAUCAUUCCCAUUGCAGUAACUGUUUCGGCAUCCUUUCUGGUACUUCUUCUGGUCGUCUCCAUAGUAUGUAUUCAGAAAAGAAGGGUAGGCAGAACCCAAAAAAAUACACAAGGUAUGUAUCUAUAACUUAUUUCACUUUUCAGCUUCGUCGACUCCUGCAUCAACACUUGUUAGAGGGGCACUCAUACUGUUAUUGAACGUUAUUUUUUGUUGCAGCAGAAUUAUACAUGGAGCAACAAGCAGCGGAUGGUAACCGCCAGUCAGUUGGGAAGGGAAAGAGACUCCUUUCUGAAAGUGGCCAAUUUUCAGUAUCUGAUGUUGUCAGGAUUACAAAUAAUUUUGAGCGACCAAUUGGAAGAGGAGGUUUCGGAACCGUCUACCAUGGCCGCUUAAAAGAUGAAACUCAGGUAGCAGUGAAAGUAGUUUCUAAAUCAUCAAGUCAGGGAGCGAAGGAGUUUAGAGCUGAGGUAAGCCAUAGUGACUGAAACUAGAAUUCCAAUAGAAGUUAAUUUUAUUCUACUAGAAUUGAGGCAAGGCCCAGUGAUAAUUUAUUCGUGAGUCGUUUUAUGCCUUAAAUUAACGGGUAUCUUUGAAUUUCAGGCUCAACUGUUGAGGAGAGUGCAUCAUAAACAUCUAGUAUCAUUGUUAGGGUAUUGUAACGAUAACCUAGCACUGGUCUAUGAGUUCAUGCCUCAGGGUUCCCUUGCAGAUCACCUCUCAGGUUCUCUUACAUAAAACACUUUCACAUAUGGGCAAAUGCCAUGUUUCUCACUGAACCUUCAAUUAGUCUGUUUCCCUUUCAAAUCCUCAUAUAACAGUUAAUUACACACAGGUGACUCAGCCAAUAAAACUACCUUAAGUUGGAGAUUACGACUCCGUAUAGCACUUGAAGCCGCACAAGGUCCAUUCUUGAUACAUCAUUGAUCUUUCUUUCUUUCUUUCUCUUAUUAUUUCUUUUGUUUUGCUCUUGUAAUGAUAUAUGACGAUCAUAUUUUAAAUUCCAGGACUCGACUAUUUGCACUAUGGUUGCAAGCCACCCAUUGUUCACAGAGACGUCAAACCUUCAAAUAUCCUCUUAAACGAAAACUUUGAAGUCAAACUAGCAGAUUUUGGGUUGUCCAGGUCUUUCACAGAUGAAGAGGCUACUCACAUAUCAACUGUAGUUGCAGGAAGCCCUGGAUACCUUGAUCCUGAGUAUGUCAUAGAAAGUCCCUCAUUCGUUCAUAGAGGCAAAGCAAGAGCUUCAGCCCAAGAAUUUCCUGAAGUUUUCGUAUUCCUUUUGUGCAGGUACUACAAAACAACUAGGUUGACUGAGAAGAGUGAUGUUUACAGCUUUGGGAUCGUACUACUAGAACUUGUAACGGGAAAACCACCAAUUGUUAAUGAUUCCAAGAGAACUCACAUAACCCAGCACGUGCAGUCCAGAUUGGAAAGAGGAGAUAUAGCUGAUAUUACAGACCAAAGAAUGCAGGGCGACUAUGAUGUUAAUUCUAUAUGGAAGGUAAUAGAGAUUGCACUGUCCUGCACAUCACCAAACUCUAGCGAGAGACCAACUAUGAGCACUGUGGUUGUGCAAUUGAAGGACUGUCUGACAGUUAAAUCAUCCGGGGACUUCCCAAUUGAUAUUGCCACAGAUACAUUGGCUAUCAUUCCUCCCCAUUCAAUGGCAAGGAUUAGCCCAUCCGCACGAUAG